AUGAAAUUUGAGCGGAAGAGAAGUCCGUCUACGCGGACUAAGGAUGAUCAACCUCAAACAUCAUCAGGAUGGGAGUGGCACAACUUGCAAGACAAUGAAACCUGGCCUUUUGAUAUACGAACGCUGCCGGGUGAAGAGCAGUGCAUUGCAAACAUCAUCAAGACUAGAAUGCGCCACGACACGAGUGAAACACUGAAUGGAACGAGUCCAACUUCGACUGACAAACCAAUGGCCCUGUGCCCGGUGCCCACCCUGAUAGCGAAGGUGGCAUCGAAUUUCAUCUCACAACAACACUAUGUGCGAUAUAAUCAGCAACAGCCGAGCUCAGUUGAGUCUCCACCAAUCAUCGGGACCGGCCCCCAGGAAAACUUUACCCAUCAACGUGAGUCAACAGUCCGACGAACAGCAUCAAACGCACGGCAGACCGUUGAACGUUUUGAACCUUCGCAUACUAUCACGUUAAUGCCCGGUAAUCGGCAAUGGGAUUAUAAUUUUCUCAACCGAUCUGGUAAGACAUUUGGUCACUGUGAAAGUUGGGUGAAGGCCUGCGAAGACCCGCAUCUUGUUGUGGGCGCAAGUAAUAGAUUCUGGACCCUCGCAUCAUAUAUGACGGAACUCGCAUUUAAUGCGGUCCCUCUCGCCUAAACUUGAAGACUAGUAAGCCCUGAAGAAAUUGAAAUGUGAGUACCUAGUUCCAAAGAUGGCCAGAGUCAAUGUGCACCAGGGGGCAUAGAACCUUCGAGUUCCUACUUUUCUACAUGAACACCGGGGCUGCCCGCGUUUUGCUAUCGUACCAAUACCCGAAGAGUGCCUUUGGCGAGGUGUUUACUGGAAGAAUGCACGACGAAUACCAGAAGUUCCGAUCCCUAUGCUUCGAUAUGAC